AACCCAUAAUGACGUCCAGGAGGGAGAGUGAGAGGGGAGCAAUCAUCUCUCCAAGGAGUCACCGGCAAAGGACAUCAAAGGCAAGCCGGCUUCCUGAGGCAAGGAGAGAGCGACUGCAGAAGGACAAACCAAAAACAAUAAAGGUUAAGGUAGAGCAGGAGGCAGAUGUGAAGGUAAAAUCCACUGUGGUGGACAUAGACAGAGUGAGAGAUGACCAGGUCAAGGAGGAGAACCUGGGGCCCCUGGAGGCAGCAGAGCAGGAAGAUGGUUUGAAGAGCAUGGGCCUGGGAGUGUUUGAGUGGCUGCUGAUGGUAUUUGUCUUGGCUCUGGUCCUCAUCUUACUCCCUCUGUCCAUCUGGUUCUGUGUCAAAGUAGUGAGGGAGCAUGAGAGAGCUGUGGUCUUCAGACUUGGUCACCUUCUGUGUGGAAGACCCAGAGGCCCAGGUCUUCUUUUCUACCUCCCAUUCAUUGAUGUGUGUCACAAAGUUGACAUCCGACUGAAAAUGCUGAAGGUUCCUCCUCACACGGUGGUGACAAAGGACUUGGUGAGGCCAGAGCUGAGUGUGGUGUGUUAUUACCAAAUAGAGAAUAUGGCUCUGUGCAGCACAGCCCUGUCUAGUCUGACCACAGUGUUGCAGACUGUUGUCCAGGCAGCGGUCAGAGAUGUAGUCGCCCAACAUGCAUUCAGCCACGUCCUGCUGCAAAGGAGAAGGAUUGGUCAGCAGAUACAAGCAGCUGUUGACUCCGUCGCUUGCCGCUGGGGCAUCCGUGUGGAGAGAGCAGAUAUAGACGAGUUCAGUAUUCCCAUGGAGUUACAACAAAGUCUGGCUGCUGAGGCAGAGGCCAAGAAACAACAGCAGGCCAGAGUAAAAGCAGCAGAAUCAGAGACCACUGCGUGGGAGAGUUUGAGGGCCUCCUUCCGUCACAUGCAUCCAGCCUUGGUCCUUCCAUUCCCCCCAGAUGUCCUCAAUCUGACCUCUGACCACUCAGCCUUACCUCCACCUCCACCACCUCCUGCUGUGGAAGAAGAAGAGGGGAAAAGUACAGAAGGGGACCAAGAAACAGACUCACCAAUGAUGUGACAGGACAUAAAUCAAGACAUCAACUGAGAUUUGAUGAAGGAUAUGAGCCUAUAUCUUGGAACACAAAAGCACAUGCAAUAAAAAGAAAGCAAUGCCCAUUAUUGUUACAAAUAGAACCACAUGGUAUUGUUUGUUUUUACUUUCUUGUGAUAUUAAUCCAACAAUUCUUUAUACUUCACUCAGAAAAGGUCCAGAAAAGUCAGACUUUUCAAAAUCUGAGAACAUCUGCAUUCAAGGACACUAUCAUGAUAAUGGGGAUAUUCAGUACUUGGAAAGCACAUGGUUAAUGGCCAUUUUUGAAACUGCCCUAAUAUUUUUGUGCACUAUAUUAAUUUGUUAUUGCAUUCCUCUCUGAUCCUAUAGAGAACAUACAGAGCGUGAAAUCCUGUGCAGAUGUGUAAUCAGAUGUCUAAUCAGCGUUUCUUGGUCCUUUUGGUGCUGCUUGCUGGCUUGACCUCUGGAGUUGUUUUCUUUGGAGGAGCAGGGCGUGUUACUGGUGGUGGGGAGGGUGGAGUUGUUAUCUUUCUCUCUGCAACACAAACAGAGUAAAGACAUGAAUGUCCACUGCACGUUUCUGCUUCAUUAAAGUCAUUAAAUCGA